AUAUUCAAUUUAGUAUUUUUGCAUGAAUAGUUUACAAUAGGUUUGACAGGUUGUAUACGUUUGUGGUUUUCUGGCUUUUCUCACAGGAGAAAUGAGGCGAGUGUAAAGCAAGUGUGUAGAGGACUGUUUGAAUUCUCACAAUCGCCCACUCACUAUCCUAUUUGCAUUCGGUGAAAAUGCGACCUUAAACAUCUGCCGGUCCGGUAUCUUUAUUGAAAAAAAAUAAUGCAAACACUCAUGGACUUGGAAUUUAGAUUGUCAGAUUAGAAAUCACUUUCAUUUCAAUAUAUUGCCAUAGCAGGGUCCACGGUAUUAUCAAGACAAAAGCUAUGAGUACAUGUGGGAUUCAGGCACAAAGUUUUAGGAGUCACACCUUUGGGUCGAAGGUGUAAAAUACCAAAUGCACCUGUCGCAGAGGUGCAAAUUCGCACCCCUUCUAAAUGUAAUCAAUUGUCGAUGUUUGCAUAAGUUAAGCCUUGUGUAAAAUUAAGGAGGAAUGUAAUAUGAUAGGUCAUGAUGUUAGAAUUGCCUUUCAUGAGCUUCUUAAUCCUUUGAAAGUUAAUUGGCAAUCGGGAUUGGCGGAGGUUUAAUUUAAUUCCGUUAUGAAUAUAAUAGUAUUCUGCAUGUAUUAAACACUGCACAAUUGUAGAGACCACAGUCUGGUUAACGUGGCAUUAAAUAAUGAGAUUUAUUUGCAUUUCCUAUCGACGGAGCACUUGUGUAAAUUGGGGGUAAGCCCCUCGCAUGCCAGCAUGCGAUUCGCUCCUGGUGAUUGUGACGUCACACGAGUGGUGAUCGCGCUCUCUUUGUUGGUUGGGGUGGAGUGUGGAUAGUAUGAGUUUAGUAUCAUACCAGACGUCCUUCAUAUGCUUCCAUGCCGAUUGAUGGAUGGUAGCGAGCUAGGCCUUCUUCUGAACCGAGAAAUGUAACUCCAGUUUGUCUCUCGGGGUUUAUUUCCCUUGAUAUACGCUCUUCAUUUCUUCCAGUUUCUCGAGCUCGGAACGGAUUUUGUUUGUAAGAGAAAGGAACUGAAAUCCCUGGCUUGUAACCGGACACAUGUGGAAUAGUUUCAUAAUGGUGUCAUCAUCAUCAAUAUCGUAACCAGACUCCAUUCUGUCAGGUGGAAUUUUGCAGUAACGUUUGAUAAAACUGUGGAUGUAACCAAGGCCCAAUCUGUUCUCUACAUUGGGUUAGAUACCGGGUGAUCUUGAUUUCAACUUUCACUUCAUCAUUUUAGAAGAUAAUUUAGUUCGGAAGUUGGUAUUCAGUGUGUGAAAAGAGUUUUUAUCCACUCACUCACCAGCCAAGGAGCUUUGACUGUCAGAUAUGACGUAACACGGUUAAAGAAAGGAUUACCAGUCUUAAACCUCCAACCCUGUGGCAUUUCCAUCAGUGUGUCGUCUGCAAUCUCGUUAACGAGAGGGAGAGGUGCCUUUGCCCCGAAACUGAGGGGGUCAAGGACAGAGGUGAAACAUUAGAGAAGUCUAAUGGUCUGCACAUUUACUGUCGUUUGUCAUCUGUCUGGCUGAGUUUGUUUGAUGCUACCGAAGCUGAGCACUCAUUCGAUUCUUACCCAAUCAACUGAACUGCUGACUAUUUUCACUGGAUUUUCUUUGAUGUGUUUUUCCAUUUUGUCUGAACGUGAUCUUAAAUGAUUAUUGAUUAAGUUAUACUGAUAUUUAUUUUAUUCCUUUCUUGGAUUAUGUUGCGAGAAAAGCCGAGAAUAUAAACUUUGAAUAGCAGGCCAAAAUCUUCUUCAGUAUUUCGCUUUGAGCUAAAAGAGGAUAACCAUGGAAAAUUCAACUGCCUAUCCCCCUGAUUUGCUAACAUCGAGCGGAAUGGCGAUGGCCACCUCGCCGGUUAGUACGGUGGGUUCUGGUGAUGGUGAAUGGUUUCGAUUCACGGAUUACACCCAGCGUGCUAUUGUAGCUACGAUGUUCAUCCUCGCUUCUAUCCUGGGCACCGCCGGUAAUUCACUCGUCAUUCUCGCUGUGGUGUUCUCAAGAAAACUCCGGACGAUUACGAACGUUUUCGUUGUGAAUCUUGCAGUGGCCGACCUCCUAACAUCGUUAAUCCUGCCAUGGAAUGCCGUGGCGCUGCUCAGCACACAAGGAUGGCCACUUGCUGAAUGGGUUUGUAGUGCCGCUGCAGGAAUACUAUUCACUUGUGUUGGGUGCAGCACAUAUACAUUAGCCUCUAUUGCAUUGAAUCGAUACAUCCUCAUUACAAAACGCCUUCAAAGCUACCAAGCCAUCUUCAAACUUCGUAACCUUGCUAUCUGGAUCACUCUAACAUGGAUCAUACCAUUUGCUCUCUGUGUCAUCCCCGGUUUCGUCGGUCUCGGUCAACUCGGUUAUAACGAGAAAUACAGUACCUGCAGUCAACAAUCUAAACAUCGGUAUUCAAACUACUAUGAUAUCCUCCAGGCACUCGGAAUCUAUCCCAUCCCUCUCGUCAUCAUCAUCGUUUGCUACAUCAAGAUCUUCCUCCACGUUCGACAUCAUCUUAGGUCAAUGCUUUCGACGUCCGUUUCGAGUCCGAGUAGCAAUGACAACGAGCUGUCAUCGUCUGUAGCUGAUACAUCGGUCCCUCAUGUUAACAGGUUAGUAAGAAAGUAUGAUGAUGAUAUUCAGUAUUUUACUUCAUUUUGAAUAUCCAUAGAUCAUUAGAUUCAGACAUGCGUAUUUAAAUGCUUAGUAUUUGCAGAUCUGAGUACCUUCUUAUUCAGCAUGUUUGCCAUUGUUAACUGCGCUACGUAAAGAAUUGAUCAGAGCAAAUGUUCAUAUAAUAAAUAUAAGAAUUCCAUGAUUUUACCCAAUGAAUUUUCACUCGUGGUGGGUCGAUGUCUAAUCUGCAUGGUCUGUUUUAGUACAUGCCAAAGGCUAGAGAGAGAGAAAGAUUGGAAUUGGAUGAUCUCUGAAAAAAAAUGUUUCCGACUCAGUUCCGAGUCUAUUGGAAAACAAACGUCUAUUCUGGUCGAAAUGAAAGUUCUUUCCCACGUAUUAUGACACCUGACGAAGCAAUAAUAGGAGCGUACGUUUGUGGUCUAUGCUAUGCUUGCCUUUCCAUUGUUAUAUUGCUAUAGAAAUGACUCUCUGCUUUUUUAGUUUGAUUUUAUACUGAUAUGCAACCGAAAAUGCGACUGAAAAAUUAUACAACCAUGCCGAUAUAUGCAUGGUCCCUAGUUUUGGUAUAUAAAACGCGAUAAUUAAUCUGUUUGCAUGUACCUUAUUAACUCUUUCUCAACU